AUGGGAGCGCCGGGGGCGGGAGGGGCCGCUCCGCCCGCGGCCCCGCCGGCAGCGCCGCCCGGGCCGGCUGGGAGGGAGCGCCGGAGUGCGGCGGGCAUGGAGCGGGGCCGGGACGGGGAGGAGGAGCUGGAGGAGGAGGAUGAGGAGGAGGAUGGCGGCCCGGAGAGCGCUCUGGAGAAGAGCCCGUUCCAGCUGACUGCCGCGGAUGUCUACGACAUCUCCUCCGUGGUGGGCCGGGACCUGCUGCAGCUCCGCGCCGGGCCGCAGCUGCCCGCUGCCCGCGCCCGGCUGCAGUUCAGGAUCGUCAGGGUGCUGGAGAUGCUGGAGGCGCUGGUGAGCGAGAGCAGCGUGGCCGAGGAGCAGCUCCGGCGGGAGCGGGACAGCCUCCGGCGGGAGCUGGAGCAGCUGCGGGCGGCGGCCCACGGGAGCGCCCCGCAGCCCAGCCUUGGACCAGAUCAAAUGGUAAUAGACCUCACAGACCCCAACCGGCCCCGGUUCACAUUACAAGAGCUCCGAGAUGUAUUGCAGGAGAGGAACCAGCUGAAAGCUCAGCUUCUGGUGGUGCAAGAGGAGCUACAGUGCUAUAAAAGUGGGAUCAUCUCACAGAAAAGGGACCAAACUGAAGAACUGGAAAAAGAAGUCAGUGGCAGAAGUGGUGGCACCAGCAAGGACAGUGAAGAGAAGACAAUCAUCAAACGUCUGUUUUCUUUUAAACAUGGAAAAUGAGCAUCCUCAAGGACUUAACUGCUGCUGGUGAGAAUGGCACUGAUGAGCCUCAGAGGCGUUGGGAAAGACAAUGAUUGGAAGCAGCAGCAUCACUCCUGCUGUAGAGAAUGAGCAAUCUCAUUAACAUCAUGUUGUAUAAUAUUCUUUCAGAACAGAUUUUACUCUGCUUUUUCAGAAACUGUUUCAGAAACAAUUUUUGUAUUUCUUAC